AUGUUCGAGAAGCCGGUUGUAACCGAAGCCACCACCAUCGCCCCGUGGAACUGCCCGCCACCAAGCGAUUGGGGACGCAAGAAAACGAGGGAGCUGGAACAAAUUCGCAAAAACCUUGAGCCGCCAAAAUACGUGAACAGGUUAAGGCUGAAGGUGAGGCUGCUCGUCCACGGAGGUAGCCCCAAUUCCAUUGCAGUUGCCCGAAAAGGACUUCGGAAGAUGAGGAGCCAGCAGCCGCUGAGGAGCCUGCUGCAGCUGGUGAAGAAGUUGAAGUAG